AUGGUCUUGGUCGAGCUGUUGGAGAAGAGUCUUGAAGAGGUUACUUUGACCGAGAAGAAACGGGCGCCAGCAGAUGAGAACACGAAUGAAUUGGAGCUGAAGGUUGAAGCGGCCCUGUUCAAGGCUGCCGACGCCGCUGACCAGCUGUUUAAUAAGAAGGCCAACCCGUCGCGCCUCGAGGUCGAGAAGACGGAGAUGAGCGCGGCUCUGAAGGCGGAACAAGCAAAAUGCAGAGAAGCGAAGCCGUUGCCGCGAUGGACAAGGAAAAGGCACAGCACCCUGCACGUCAAGGCACUGGACGCCGAGAAGCGUAACACCCGAGAACACGCAGCGCGCGGGGAGGGAAGGCGCAUCCACGGCCGAGCAACCAGAACUCCACCCCUUGCACCUAGACCACAUAGGCCGCACUCGCCACGCUGGAGCAAGUACGUUGCGCCAGUCGCGGCGGGCUCUCGGAUGAGCAGCUCUCGGCGUGCUGGGCUGCGCACAACAACUCCCAUAAGCGUCAUUCGCCUCCCUCCGCCCUGCCCCGAGAUGAGCGAAGACAGCACGAGCGCUCCCCCUCCAUUCCAUCAUGCUCCAGAAACCACAACAUUCCAUCACUUCCGCCGACUACCCCCGGAACUGCGCCUCCGCAUUUGGGAAUUCUGCCUCCCCCGCCGCAUCAUCCCGCUCAGCAUGCUGGUGAUCCUGCACAAGCAUGCGCAGCAACACACCGCGGCGCAAUCUAUCGCACACUCCGACCCGCCGGACGCGGGAUCCAACGACGACGCCAGCGCCAAUCCCAAGCACGCGCGCUCCACUGCAGACCGCGGCCCGAAGCCCGAGCUGAACGAGGAGAACAAGCCACCUGGGGCCCAGCGCCACCGCGAACAGCACAGCCAGCCAUGCUCCUCCUUCCCUUCCAAGCCUUGUCCCUGCUCCAAGCUCAUACGGGCCACCCUCUCCCGCCCGACGCUCCUCACCCAGAUCAGCCGCGAAUCCCGCGCGGUUGCGCUCGCCCGCCGCCGGCCGGUGCUCUCAUGCCUCACUGGAACUGGCCCUGGCAGCGACGCAAGCACGAGCACCACCAUGGGGAGGACCAGUGGCAUUGCGAGCGGUAAUGGCAAGGGCCAUGAAAAUGGCAGCAGCGACAGCAGCAGCAGCGGCAGCAGCAAUGAAGGGGACGGAACAGGGACAGCCUCCCAUCGGUAUCCGUGCCAUCAGCGAGCUCAGCGGCGGUGCCCGCCGGGUUGGGAUCAGGCAUGGAUUGACCCACGGACGGACACGCUGCUGGUAGACUGUGAUAUCGGCACGGAACACAGGGCCAUCUGGGAGCAGUUGCGAGAGCAUCUGCCUCUGAUGCUUCCUGGGUGUGGAGGAGGAGAACGAGGCGGGGGACCACGCCAGGGGGCAGGGGUAGGAAUCAGUGUGAGAGCCUGGCACUGGAUGGAGUCGGCCAUGUCGUGGAUUAGUGCCGAUAGCAAGCUGGAUGGCAGUCGGUUGGGGGCCGGAGGGAGACCACAGGUGGACGUGGUGCUGCUUGAGGUGGAGUUGGACUUGACGGCUGCCGACGCCAGGGCAUCGGGGUUGUUUGGCUUGCUGGGGGAGGACCGCGCGGUGUUUGUGCCUUUGUCAGACCGGCGUCAGCUUGAACGCCUCUUCAAGGUGCAGGAUCGGCGGCUAUGGGGCCAGGAUCUGAGGCUGGCGGUGCGGAGUGCGCUAGCAAGCUGGAUGGAGUGGCAUGCAUCUGAGAUGCAGGGGCCGGGUGCAGCAAAGGCACUGCUGCGCCGGACGCGGUGCACGGCAGCGGGCUUCGACAUCCGCCCAGUUGUCCACGUGCAGUGGUCCGAUCUGGCUGGGCCACGCGGAGUAGUCUGA